ACUUUUUUGGUACCAAGAAAAUACCAAACCCCAAAAAACCAAAACCCAACCCACAUGGAGAUGGAAUCUGCUAAUUUCUUCCAAUUUUCUAGUGCCUCAGAUUUCUCACCAGAGUCUUCUUUUGGCUCACUGGACUCUUUCUCAUGGGAAGAUGAGGAAGCACUCUUGCUUCCUUUCAACAACCCCAAUGAGAUGAUGAGUUUUUUACCAUUUGACAUGAAUGACUCUGAGGAGAUGCUGCUCUAUGAUGCUGUGGCCAAAGGGGCAAAAGAGACAUUUUCAUCUCAUGAUGACCAGGCCAAUUGCUUCAAUAAAGUUGUUAAAGAAGAGGAGGUCACUUCCAAUAUUGCCCAUCAUCAAGCUUUUGAAGAGAAACCCACAACGGAAAAGUCCUACAGAGGGGUGAGGAGGAGGCCUUGGGGAAAAUAUGCAGCAGAAAUUAGAGACUCGACAAGGCAUGGGAUUAGGGUUUGGCUUGGCACAUUUGAUAGUGCUGAGGCAGCUGCUUUGGCUUAUGACCAAGCUGCAUUUGCCCUGAGGGGCUCUUUGGCUGUGCUUAAUUUUCCAGCACAAGUUGUCCAAGAGUCUCUUCAAGACAUCAAAUAUAAGCAUGAUGAGGGGUGCUCCCCUGUGGUUGCCCUCAAGAGGAAGCACUCCAUGAGAAGAAAGUCAAUGUCUAAAAAGAGCAAAGCCAUUAUCAGCCAACAAUGUACAGAGCAAAGAGUAAAGGAGGUUUCGCCACAAAAUAAUGUGAUGGUUUUUGAGGAUUUGGGUGUCGAGUAUUUGGAGGAACUUUUGGAACAAAGCUAUUAGUAAUAUUUCACCUUUUAUUCGGAUAUCUUGUAUUUUUUUUAAUACAAGCGGUAGCCUCGUGCUUUCUUCUUUUUUUAAUCUUUCGAAUUUAGUUUAAUUAAUUACUGAGUUCUUUCCUUUUUUAAGUUUGACCUUCUUCUUUUUUCCUCUUACCUUGACCUUGGAUCAAAGAUUGUUGUUAAUCUUUGAAGCUGUCUUGGUGCAGGCUUUAGAUCUAGGGCCUUGUAAAUUGUAUUAAUUAUAAUUUCCUCCUCUUUGUAAAGUUGAAAAAGAUGGAAUGUACACCUUUGGAUCAAAUAUCUUCUUCUUUCUCAA